AAAACCGUGAGUAUUACAAAUUAAGAUAUUGUUCUUGUCUUGUAGUAAUUCGUACAAAGGUAAUUGUUUAUUUUUGUUUCUAAUAGUCUAGAUACUCAAAACUCUACUAAAAACUAAGCUUUUAUUGUUAUGUGUAUCGAAUAUUGGAAUCAUGUUUCAUACUAUACUAUUAGUUAUUUUAUCAUUUGAAAACAUUUCAAGUGAAGAAUUAAAUCAAUUACUUGAUUUGGUGCAACAAAAUGUACAAGAAGCUGAGCAUUAUAUUAUGCCUUCAACAAACAGUGAAAUGACUACGACCACAUCAGGGAAAAUCAUUGAUAUUGGAAUGUACGAUUUUAUCAUUGUUGGAGCUGGAACGGCAGGAUGUGUGGUAGCAAAUAAGUUAGCAGAAAAUAAAAGAUGGAGAAUUUUACUGUUGGAAGCAGGAGGUGACGAUACGGAAUUUAGUGAUAUACCUGGCAUGUCUCCAUACUGUUACAAGUCCAGAAUGAAUUGGGGUUAUCACACGACCCCUCAAAUAACCUCUUGUCAAGGAAUGAUAAACAAACAAUGCACUUAUGUACGUGGAAAAGUAAUGGGUGGAAGUGGUACUAUCAACGGACUUGCGUACACACGCGGUAACAAAUUCGAUUACGACAGGUGGGCCGAAAUGGGCAAUACCGACUGGUCGUUCUUGAAAGUCGAACCUUUUUUUAAAGAUUUAGAAAAAUGGCAAACUUAUGGGGAUUUGUUGUAUCACGGAACAUCCGGACCUUUAAAUUGUAACGUCACAAUGCCGGAUUCUCCAUUACUGCCUCCUGUUUUUGAAGCACUGCGACUAAAAGGUCAACGUGAGGUUGACUACAACGGAAAAUACCAGAUUGGAUUUUCCAGAACUGUAUAUAACGUAAACUUUAACAAAAGAGUGAGUGGGUCUACAAUGUUUAUCAAAAAUAAAACGUUCGACAACCUGACAGUUUUAAAAAAUGCGUUCGCAACAAAGCUUUUAUUGAAUCAAUACAAUAAAGCAUACGGUAUGGAGUUUAUCAAAGGAAACACAAAACAUCACGUGAAAGCAGCCAUUGAAGUGAUCCUUUCAGCAGGUGCCAUAAAUAGUCCACAAAUAUUGAUGCUGUCGGGAAUUGGACCAAAGAAUGAACUCAAUAAGCACGGCAUAACAAUUAAGAAAGUGUUACCUGUGGGUAAAAAUUUGCUUGAUCACGUUGUGUUUAUGGGAUUUAAUGUCAGAACAAACAUUUCACAAUCUCGUGACAGCUUAGCCGACAAUCUCAAGUCGUAUUUAAAUGCUGCUAAACCUUUAACUACCGGAAUACCUGCUGAAACGAUCGGGUUUUUGAAAUUGAAUGAAGGGAAUAAUGAACAACCUGAUGUAGAAUAUCUCAUAAAUUUUGCCAGCGAAUAUGGAAAAUUUACUCAAUUUUUUGAUAACGGAGACAGCAACUGGGUAAAGUAUAUGAAAGCGUCAACUUUGCCAUCUGACUUUUUUGUGUACACCGUUUUAUUGCAUCCUAAAUCAAGAGGAGAUGUAACAUUAAAAUCCAAGAACGUUGAAGAUUUUCCUAAAAUAAACCCAAACUUUUACAGUGACAGUAAUAACGAAGACCUUCAACUCAUGCUCAAAAGCAUAAAGUAUUUUUUAGAUUUAUUAAACACUGAACCUAUGAAAAAAAUCAAUGCUACUGUUUUGUAUCCCGAAACUUUUUGUCACAACUACAACAAAUAUUCUGACAGUUUUUGGAAGUGCAUGAUACAUCAUGGAACUAGAGUAAUGUUGCACCCAAUUGGUACCACCUCGAUGGGUACUUCGGAUAAAAAUUCGGUGGUGAAUCAAGAAUUAAAAGUACACGGAGUGAGUAACCUGAGGGUUGUAGAUGCGGGUGUUAUGCCUUGUUCUAUAUCGGGCCACACUAAUGGCCCAACAUUUAUGAUCGGCUUGAAAAUUGCUCAAACAAUCAUUAAACAACACGCAGAAUGUUAAUGAGAUAAUUUGCACCUUCCCUAACGAGAAAUUGUAUUAUCGCUGAUAAUAGAAAAUAGAAACUGAA